AUGAAGCAUGCCGCUUUCCGCAUUCUCCCUUACGCAUUCCCCCGUCCGCAUUCCCCCUUCCCCAUUCCGAACUCUCGGUCCCGCAUUCCCCCAUCCGCAUCCGCCUUCCCCCUUCCGCAUUCCCCCAACCGCCUUCCCCCUUCCGCAUUCCCCCAACCGCAUUCCCCCUUCCCCAUUUCCCCUUCCAAAUUCUCCCUUCCGCCUUUCCCCAUCCGCAUUCCCCCUUCCGCAUUCCCCCUUCCGCAUUCCCCCUUCCCCAUACCCCCUUCCGAAUUCUCCCUUCCGCAUUCCCCCAUCCGCAUUCCCCCCAUCCCCAUUCCCCCUUCCGCGUUCCCCCUUCCGCAUUCCCCCUUCCGCAUUUCCCCUUCCGCCUUCACCCUUCCGCAUUCCCCCUUCCGCAUUCCCCCUUCCCCAUUCCCCCUUCCGCAUUCCCCUUUCCGCGACGCCCCCCUCCGCGUUCCCCCUUCCGUAUUCCCCCUUCCGCGUUCCCCCUUCCGUAUUCCCCCUUCCGCAUUCCCCCAUCCGCAUUCCCCCUUCCCCAUCCCCCCUUCCGAAUUCUCCCUUCCGCAUUCCCCCACCCGCAUUCCCCCCAUCCGCAUUCCCUCUUCCGCGUUCCCCCUUCCGCAUACCCCCUUUCGCAUUCCCCCUUCCCCUUUCCCCCUUCCGCAUUUCCCCUUCCGCAUUCCCCCUUCCGCGUUCCCCCUUCCGCAUUGCCCCCUUCCCAUUCCCCCUACCGCAUUCCCCUAUCCGCAUUCCCCCUUACCGCAUUCCCCCUUCCACAAUUCCCCUUCCGCAUUCCCCAUGGAAUGCAUUCCCCCCUUCCGCAUUCCCGCUUCCACGCUCUCCCUUCCGCCUUCCCCCUUCCGCAUUCCCCUUUCCGCAAUCCCCCUUCCGCAUUUCCCCCUUCCGCGUUCCCCCUUCCCCAUUCCCCCUUCCGCAUUCCCCCUUCCGCCUUCCCCCUUCCGCGUUCCCCCUUCCGCCUUCCCCUUCCGCAUUCCCCCUUCCGCCUUCCCCCUUCCGCAUUCCCCCCUUCCCAUUCCACCUACCGCAUACCCCAUUCCCCAUUCCCCCUUCCGCAUUCCCCCUUCCGCAUUUCCCCCUUCCGCGUUCCCCCUUCCGCAUUCCCCCUUCCGCCUUCCCCCUUCCGCAUUCCCCCCUUCCGCCUUCCCCCUUCCGCAUUCCCCUUUCCGCAUUCCCCCUUCCGCAUUUUCCCCCUUCCGCGUUCCCCCUUCCGCAUUCCCCCUUCCGCCUUCCCCCUUCCGCAUUCCCCCUUCCGCCUUCCCCCUUCCGCAUUCCCCCCUUCCCAUUCCCCCUACCGCAUACCCCAUUCCCCAUUCCCCCUUCCGCAUUCCCCCUUCCGCAUUCCCCCCCUUCCGCCUUCCCCCUUCCGCAUUCCCCUUUCCGCAUUCCCCCUUCCGUGUUCCCCCUUCCGCGUUCCCCCUUCCGCGUUCCCCCCUCCGCAUUCCCCCUUCCGCGUUCCCCCCUUCCGCCUUCCCCCUUCCGCAUUCCCCCUUCCGCCUUCCCCCUUCCGCAUUCCCCCCCUUCCCAUACCCCCUACCACAUACCCCAUUCCCCAUUCCCCCUUCCGCAUUCCCCCUUCCGCAUUCCCCCCUUCCGCAUUGCCCUUUCCGCAUUCCCCCUUCCGCAUUUCCCCCUUCCGCGUUCCCCCUUCCGCAUUCCCCCUUCCGCAUUCCCCCUUCCACGUUCCCCCUUCCGCCUUCCCCCUUCCGCAUUCCCCCUUCCGCCUUCCCCCUUCCGCAUUCCCCCCUUCCCAUUCCCCCUACCGCAGACCCCAUUCCCCAUUCCCCCUUCCUCAUUCCCCCUUCCGCAUUCCCCCCUUCCGCCGGUCCGACCAUGCUUGCCCCAUGUUUAGGGCAGAUGCAAGGCCCAUGUCUCCCAGGCUUGGUGGUCAUUGCAUCGCUGAGCCCCAGCAGCGUGAAGUGCGCUGAGCAGCAAAAGAACUUCUCAACCCUCACGCUAUUACUCGCCUUCUUUUGUCGCAUCCUCUAUGCACUCCCUCCCCUUCCCUUCCCAGUCUGGGUGGUCAGUGCGUUGCGGCUGAGGGCAGCGACGAAAGCGCUAAGCAGCCCUGGACCUCUCAGCCCACUCUUACUCGCCUUCCCAUGUGAACGAUCUCCUCGGCCUGCGGGUGUGCCGAUUCUGCCGCCAGGCGAACCAAAUUCCAUCUGCUCCAUCUGCCCCUCGCACUGGGGUAGUGCGCUCAGGUACUCGCUCAUCCCCCUUCCGCCUUUCCCCGUCCGCAUUCUUACCGUGGCGCAUCCCCCCUUGCGCAUCCCCCCUACCGCAUUCACCCUUCCGCAUUCCCCCUGCCGCAUUCCCCAUAUUACCCCCGUGUUAGCCCCGGCCCCAUGUUACCCCCAUGCUAGUCUCAUGUUGCACCCCUGCGAGCCCCAUGUUAGCAGGGAGGGAGCUAAUCCCAUGUUUCCCCCCCGCUAG